UUGUAGCGAUACAUUUAGCUUGAAAUAUUUUCGUAUACCCCAACCAUUUGUUUAAUCCAGUCUGUUCUGUCGGUAACAGUCCUUGGUUCACGGUGGAUGGUCGUUGCUAACAUAACGUUAACUAGCCAACGAGCUAAAGUAACGUUAGUUUACCCGCGACUUGAAUUCAUAUAUUCAUUCGACAUUACUGUAGCUAGCCUGCCUGUAGGGUACCUUCUUUGGCUUGUAGGAAUGGAUGGUACUCCUAUGUCGUUAUCUACCUGAACUUAAUCUGGAAUCACACGGACGCAGACCAAUCUAUGGAGGUGCACACUCCAACAGCUGAAAACCCCCAUUCUGAAUAUGGACUAACGGACAACAUCCAGAGAAUAGUGGAAAACGAGAAAGCCAACACAGAGAAGGUCUCCAAACAGAAGGUGGAUCUGCAGUCGCUCCCCACGAGGGCAUAUUUGGAUCAGACAGUGGUGCCCAUUCUUCUUCAAGGCUUAUCUGUGCUGGCCAAGGAAAGACCUGCAAAUCCUAUUGAAUUCUUAGCAGCCUUCCUUCUCAAGAACAAAUCACAGUUUGAAGAUCGAAAUUAAGCUCCAGACGGAUGGAAAUGUGCACUUUGAGCCCAUCUGUUUAAAAUCAAGGAAAUGGUUGUUUCUGUCAUUGGUUAUGUUUGCAGUUUUUUAAACCAGAAUAAAGAUGGUGCUGCAGGGAAA